ACCCCGAAGACAAGAAGCUCGACUGGUCUCGGCUCGGGCAAAGAAUACUUCUCCUACCACCGAAAAGUCAGAGGAAAAUCAGAUAAAAAACCUCACCAUUUCCCCUUCCUCCUCUCCUCUUCUCCCUCCCCUUGUUGCGAGCUGUGACUCCGAAGCUGCCGGUCUCCGUCCACAUCGCGUCAUAAAUCCCUCUCCACCCCAUCCCGACCUGGCACCUACCCCCCGCCAUUCCAAUCCCCCAAUCCGCCUGGUGCACGCGCCCCGAAUCCACCGUCGCAUUUGUUGGUUCGCGAGCUGCAGCUCCCGCUAGCCCGUUCCGUUUCCGAGGGGGCGGUCGGCUCUAGGGGCCUGCGUGUAUUUAGAUCCGGUCUCCUGCCUUGCGCUAGUGGGGGAGCGGAUUUAGGUGAACGAGCAUCUUGAUUUUUUUGGCCAAUCUUUUUGCUCUAACCCACCUCGUGGUGUUCGUCGUAUAAAUCUUUCCGUGGGGGGUGGGAAGAGGAGACCAGGCCGAAGCAAGAACCGCGGUUUCAAGGAUCCUCUCAGGAACCACCAACUGUUCAAGUGCAAGUAUUGGGAGUAAAAAAGAAGGAUUUUAGAGGUUGCUGUUUUACCUCUGUCCUAACAAUGUUGAGGCAGAGUUCUAGUAAAAAUCACAGAUCCAGAGGUCUGAAGCUAAAGAAGGCUCUCCAGAUAACUCUCUUGGUUCUGGUUUCUGUUUGGUUGAUCUACCAAGUUAAACAUUCUUAUGAGAAGAAGGCGUCAUAUAGCGAAGAUGAAGGGAAUGAUCUGCAUAAAGAUGAUAAGGACCAGGGGGAGGUAAUCAGAUUGGGCAGGAAGGACCUGCCUCCAAAGAUUGAGGCUGAUUCUUCAACGUUGGAUGAGAAGGUUGAGGAUGAAGAGAAUGACGAAAUGGAGCAAGAAAUGAAGCAUGAUGAGAAUGAUGAAGACCCCAUCGAUGAGCAAGACCUGGAGAAGGAUGAUGAUCUUCCUGAGCCUGGUGAACAUUCUGCUGACAAGGAUGGAGAUGAUGUGGGUGUGUUUGAGGAUGAAGAGCGGAAGGAGCGGUCUCAGGAGGAUCAAGAGAAGAGCUUCCAUGGUGAUAAUGUUUCUAGCGCUGUUACUCAUGACUCCCCAUCAUCUGAGCAAGAGGAGCUGUCCCAUCAUGCCCAAGAGAAGGUCUUAUUCGUGGAUGAUGCUUCAAUGGCAGUGCCUCAUGAAAACCAGGAGGCUGGAAGCAAGGAGGAGGAAGUGCGCAAGGCUAGGGAGAAGAGUUUCAGAGGCGAUGAUGUGGCUAGCUCUGUGGAUCAUGAUGCCAAGGUGAAAAAACCUCUCCCAGAGGAGCAAUUGAACACCAUGGAUAGGAUAUUCGAAGGCACCACAAAUUUAUCUAAUGGAGUUUCAUUUCGAGGCCCUGGAGUAAAUGGAUCAAAUGCUACCAGGGAACAUGCAGCUACUCCAACUAAUACAUCUUCCCAUCAGAAUGCUGACAUUCCUAUCAUGGACUCAGAAAGCAAGACCAAUCCAACUCCAGCAAAUUUGACCAGAGACCAUGAGCAAAAUAAUUCAACUUUGAAUGGUCAGCCAGAGCAGCAAGUGAAUUCAACGGUGGUGCUGCAGGGCCAAGUACAGCCCUUGACUGACCAGACACCAUCUGUUGAGUUGCAUUCUCCACCAAAUGGCACCUUGGCUCUGGUAACAGAUGGGCAAAAGUCCGCAUCCAGAGCUGGAGACGAUGACAAUAACACUGGCUCAUCCUCCACCCUGGUGGACAAUAAGGUCGAGGGUGAAGAUGCUCACAAAGAAGACGUGGAUGUCUCCACCAAAAUAAUGAACAGGGCAAUGAGUGAAGAAGAAGUCGUCCCUGAAUGAUAGAGAUCUCGUAUUAGGCUCUGGUGUAACAUGCAAGUUCAUAGGACUUCAUCUCCUAGACUCGGAGAUGCAAUGCAAGCAGGCUAUCUCUAUUGCUCCUCUUUUUGCAAAAGUUCGAUAGAUAUCUGCGUUGUAUUGCCUAGUAGUACAUCGUAAUGAUCUGGGGCAGGUGAUGAACAAGUAGCAUGUACGCUCAAAGAAAUAUAGCGAUUCCGCAGCUCAGAAGCUAUGCUGCUGGAACCAUAUCCAUAUGCCAACUAGGCUAUCUAUGAAAUGUCCAUCCCGCCCACCUUUUGUGCCUGAAUAUGCCUACUUGUGAAUUGUGAUGUUUGCUGCAA